UAAGAGCAAGAAACAUACAUUAGUUUUCUAGGAGAUGACAUACCAACUAUUUAACAUGCAAUUUGAGAAGUAGAAAUAGGUCAAGUUUGCAAUAGCUUUGAUAGAAAUAGAAUAAUUGUAAUGUUGCUGAAUGAAACUUAACCAACAUCAGAUAAUUUUCCAUAUAAAGAAUGGUAAGUCAAUCUACCUGCCAAACAGAAUAAUUGAAAUUACCAAAAUGGAUUUCAUCAUACCAUAUAAAUAAAUCAUCUUAUGCCUUCACAUAGACUUAAUCUGCUGAUUUCGCUCUAGAGGUAAUCUGAGGAUUGCUUGUUUGUCACAUAAGUUUAGGUUGUAUGACAAAGAAUGGUAAGUCAAUCUACCUGUCAAAUAGCCGUCAAUGUUCUGCAAUAUGAACCUCAUUGUUGUUAAUCAUUGACUAGCCUAGGCUUCUUUGUCACAUAAGUUUAAGUUGCAUUACAAGGAGGGGUAAGUCCAUCUACCAGCCAAAUAGUCAUCAGUGUUUCGUGGUAUGAAUCUUUAUUGUUAAUCAAUGACUUUCCUAGGGUUUAUCUAACUUGAUAGGCUACUGUGACACCUUCGGCAAUUCUUUUGACAAACUGUCUCAACUUGUAGUCAUGCUCGACAGCCAACACAUUGAUGGACAAGGUCUUAAACGGUAUGACUAUGUAUUAGGCAAUAUUGAAAAGAAAAAUAAAAGUUAGUAAAAAGCUCAUUACCAUGAGAAAGAACCAAGGUUGAUAAAUAUUCUGUCACCCACUUAAAGGUUCAACAAGCCACUAUCACAAUCCCACACUCCAAAAUUCAUCGUGUAGUUUUGCUCACGGACAAAUUUUUAAAAACAAUCCUUUUUCAAAAUUAAUGAGCAAAAUCGACCUUUUCACAAAAAAAACAUCAAAAUCGACCCUUGUCAUCUCAACUCAGAUGAAAAGGGUCGAUUUUGCUGGGGGUAAUUUUUCAAACUACACGGGAAGAUUUUGCUGCAGGUAAUUUUUCAAACUACACGGGACUACUAAUCCCGUGUAGUUAAAGCAUGCUAAUCUAGGAUUAGCAUGUCAAACCAAAUGGAUGUGACUAGUAGUCUCGUCAAUUACAUGUCAAAGGGCCAAACUCGUCCUUUUCUCUCUCUCUCUCUCACUGAUCUACAGGCGAAAACAGGAAGAUGUCGAAGCCCUGGGGCAGCAUCGGCGCCUGGGCCCUGGAGGCCAAGCUCGCAGAGACCGAGGAACGCGAACUCACCGUCGUCUUUCCUCCCGAUCUAUUCUCGUCCCUGAAGGAGGCCGCAGCCUCCUCCAAGUUCCUCACCCACGACGAGCUCCUUCGCCUCCCCACGAGCCCCAAGGAGCGCUCCACCGAGGAGCUUGAGGGCUCCCAUGGGUUCCGGUCCUAGGGAUGCGGUGUCGGCGAGGGCGCGGGACCCACAGCUAGGAGGCCCUACGACGGGGGGUUCGACGAGGAGGGGCGUCGAGGCCCGUCGUAGUCUAGGGCGCCCGAUCUGGAUAUGCCCUUGAGGGCCGAUAAGGCUGAUAACUGGGCCGUGGGGGAAAAGGCGUCGUCUUUUGGGCAAGGACCAGGACGGCAGGACGAUAGGUAUGAAUCUCUGGGGUCCAGGAGCUCGUCGAAGGCCGACAAGGUCAAUAACUGGUUUAGUAACAAGAAGACGGUGGUCUCGGGACCACCGGUGCCUUCGAGGUACUCUGGAUUUGGAUAUGGGUUUCAUAAAUCAGCAGUUGGAUCAUCGGAUUCAGAUAGAUGGGCUCGAGGAGGAGGAGAGAUGAUGAUGUCGAAUGUUGGGGAUCGUGGUGUGCCUGAGAGGAUAAGGCUUGUACUUGAUCCUCCGAAGGGGUAGACAUCAACGUAGAUGAGCUUUGACAUGAAAUGGACAGGACUACUAGUCCCGUCCAUUUGGUUUGACAUGCUAAUCCUAGAUUAGCAAGCCUUAAAUACAUGAGACUAGUAGUCCCGUGUAGUUCAAAAAAUUACCCACAGCAAAAUCGACCCUUUUCAUCUGAGUUGAGAUGAAAAUGGUCGAUUUUGCUGUUUUUUUUUUGAAAAGGUUGAUUUCGCUCAAUAAUUUUGAAAAAGGUUUGUUUUUAAAAAUUUGUCCUUUUGCUCACAGGCAUUUCCUUCCGACAACUAAAACCAACUAUAUUCUUACAGUAUUUUUAUUCAUCUCAGCACACAAAAAAAAAACUAAACAAAAAACAAAAAAGAUCGAACAAAGGGGUAGUGGGUUACUAAUGCAAAAGAUUGACGUUUAUACAUAUUCCGGUACAUCUUUGGUUCUAAAGUUUUGAUAAUUAAAACCAUUUAUGAUAAUCUCCUCAAUACACAUCAAAACACCAACUUGAAAGAGAGAAGUAGUAGGGAUAUUCCAAUGUGAUCGUAUCAGAAUGCGUAAGUUAACCAACUCAAUCCAAUACCAACUAAGCAAUUCCAUGACAGGAUUUUAAAUAAAAAGACAAAUUUUUUUCUUUCAGAACAGAUACAGACAGGAUAAAGGAUUUCCCUUUCCUCAAAAUCAUCUAAAAGCAUGAAAUCUACUGUACUAAACACCAAGAAUGCCACUUUAUCACUAAACAAAAUCAAUAAUAAAAAGAAAAAUAAG